AUGACGAUUGGCGCGAUGAUGUCUUUGCUGCGUCUUCUUCGCCUCUGUCCGCCUAACUUGUCAGGCCUCCGUCCUCUUGCCACCCCUCUUCUCUCUUUUUCUGUCUGCCACGCACGCCCCCACACUUACCUUGCGCCCAUACACACGUACGAGCGCUCUCCUUUAGUGGCAGGGGGUCCUGCUGGCACCACCCGCGUCAAAUCUAACCACACAAUGAAGCGGCGAGUACUUCGCGCGCACGCGAAUAAGCGCUGCCUGCGCAUCUUGUCCGCGUCCAAUCUCAUCCAAACAUCCUCUGGCGCUUUGUCCUCAGCGUCCAGCAGGGAGCGCGGCUACGCCGUCUUGUGCGACGCGUCCUUCCUCCGAGCGGUGCUCUUGUCGUACUGGCAGGCCAACGCCCCUGCUGUGUGGCGCGAGGCUCGUCGUCGCAAACUGCACAGGGCUGCUGUGACUACCAACGCAGCCAAAUCCGCGCGCUCCAGUGUACCACCGGAGCCCUCAGCACCACCUGCGGCGGACAAGAUCGUAGAGGCCACAGCAGCCAGCAUUGCACGCCUGCCGUUUGGUGACCUGCCGGCGCUCUCCCCUCACGCCUUCCUCGCGGCACUGCUGCGUGACGCUUUUCAUGGCGAGGGUGGGAGUCCGCCGGUGAGCAGCAACGCCGCCGCGGCCGCGGUGUCCACCACGCCGCACGCCGAUGCUGCUUCGGCUUCCAAGUUUCACUGCUACUGCUUACCAGAGACCGUGGCGGCCCUUCACCGCAUGCGCGAUUGCGCCACAACUUCGGCGGCUUCCGCGACGACCUUGGCGAGCCCGUCCCUGCCCAACUCGAGUGUCGUCGAUGCUUCAUUGGUCACGAGGCAGAAGAAGAGCGUCGCCGGUUCGAAGCCGCAGAGAUCAUUCAUUUCUCUGCCGUCGACAGGGUCGCCCCGGUCGGCGCAGCGCUGUCAGAUGACUGCAACAGAGACAUGGCUGGCCGCGUCGUUUGGCGACUUGGCAACUAUGGGCGACGGGAACGGCGGCGGCGGCGGCGUCGUGCACCGGCACGUUGGGUCGUCCCCUUCCUCUGCCGUCUUCCCGCUCAUAUUUCAGGAGGUGCCGGCGGCGGUGGUGAACCACCUGCUGAGCCGAAUCACGCUGAUUCAGUCGGAGGAGCAGCAGCAGCCUCGUCAUACCGUCGCAGGUAAUAGCCGUGAAGCGAGUUGGCUGGGGGAGAAGGCAUCCAGCGCCUCGCUACCCACGCGCAACGAAUCCAAGGCAAUUGGCGAGUUCAUGGCUGCCAACGACACCCGCCUCGGUCGUCGCCCACGUGAAAGCAUUGACGCCGCCGUGGAUGUCGAGGCCUCUGCGUGUGACCUGAAUGCUCUGCGGCUGGUCUCGAUGCCGCUGUUUAGCGACCACAACUGUAUGACGUACUCGCCCCAGAGCGCAGCGGCAAAGCGCCGCCGACGGAACAAGAAUCGCAGGGCUGUUGACGGCAGCAAUGAUGUGAGCGAAUCACCAAGUCUCACUGUGGGGCACGCACCGCUUGCACGGUCGCAAGAAGCGGGAGAGAAUAAUGCUAACGCGUCUCUCUCCCCAUCACGCCCAUUUUCUCCUCGCAUGUUCUUUGUGGCUACGCAGAGCCACGACGUGCGACGCCGUCUCGCGGCGGCGACACCACUGCUACGGUUGACCACGAGCCCGGAUGCGCUGUGGAUCGAGCAACGGGGAACGGCGUACCACUAUGGUGAGGACGGCGCCGAAGCUAGACGCCAACGUCGAGGCAACAGGGCGGUGAGCAGCUGCCCCUCAUCCCCUGCUGUGGCUGCCGCACCAUAUUCACGGAUAGGCUGGCGAAACAGCGAGCUCGUGUCGUCACGAUUUUCGAGUCUUUCCCACACGCCUUCCGCUCCGCACGCUGCUGCUACGACGACUACGGUGGUCGCAGCCGCGCCGCAGCUUUCGCGAGCUGAUGUUGCCUUCAUGAAGCACCUUGGUACCGCAGCUGAGGUGCCAUUGCCCGAAAAGUUUUCUCAUCAUCUGCACCCGCCGCAGCAGCGUGCGUCGCCGGAACCUGGCAACGGGGUGAGCAGCAGGGUGCCGGCAGAUCGCAAGCGGCGCCGCCAGAAGGGGCGGAAUCCCCUGUCGAUGAAAAAAAAACAAAGGCGAGAGGUGUUCCGCGCCGGCUGA